ACGGAACGGAGCUGAGCAGUUACGGUGUCACAGCUAGCUAGGGUUUUGAUUCGAUUUUCAGGGUUUUUGGCUCUCGGCCUCCAUGUCCUCGGCCAACCACCGGCGCCACCAAAACCCCUCAAGGGCUAACAAGAAGAAGAGAGGUCGCAAAAACCCAGAAGCUAAUUUCCUCUUUGAGCUCAACUCCUGCUCCAAAUCCAAGGAUCUCAAUGCAGCAAUCUCUCUCUACGAGUCCGCCAUCUCCGGCAACAUGCGCCUUAAUCAGCAGCAUUUCAAUACCCUCCUCUACCUCUGCUCCGCUUCUGUUGCCGAUCCGGAUGGAAAGUUACUUGCUUUAUCCCAUGGGUUUCGAAUUUUUGAUCAUAUGCUCUCCCUGAAAAUCCAUCCCAAUGAAGCCUCCAUUACUGCGGUUGCACGUUUAGCUGCAGCCAAGGGCGACGGUGAUUCUGCCUUCGACAUUGUCAGGAGUAUGGGUGAUUACGGUCUGACCCCACGCCUGCGCACUCUUGAGCCGGCAUUGCUGUGUUUCUGCAACAAGUUAGAGGCUGAUAAGGCGUACGAGGUGGAGGAUCAUAUAAGUCUAAUUAAUGUGAGCUUAGAGGAGCCUGAGAUUGCAGCGUUAUUGAAGGUAAGUGCGGAUACGGGGAGAGGAGAGAGGGUGUACGACUACUUGAAGAAGUUGAGAUGUUGUGUGAGGUCGGUCAGUGAGGAGACGGCAAAGAUUUUGGAGGAUUGGUUCCGUGGUAAGGGAAGUGAGGUUGGUGCUGGGGUGCAGCAUCAUGUGGAUUAUGUGAAAGAUGCUAUUUUGAGGAAUGGUGGGGGUUGGCAUGGCUUGGGUUGGCUCGGUGAGGGGAAGUGGGCCGUAUUGGCUUUAUGCAGCUGUAAGACUCAGAUGCCUGCUUGUGACAAAUGAUGAAAUGCGGGAUCACAUUUUUGAGCUCCUUGGAAGCAAUUUCUUUCUCAAGUGGGAAGAAAGACAUCAGGCUCGAUAUACAUUCCUGAAAGGGUCUCUUAAACUUCAGAUGCCACCCCCAUAUUCUCUUGUCAUUCAGGAAUCAGAAAAAGGGUCAUGGCAUGUGCCCAUAACAGGAGGAAGCAAUGAGGAGUCUAGUAGAACAUGGCUCUGUAUUACCAGGCCAGCUGCAUGUCAGGCAAAAGGUGAAGCUGCAGCAAUUC